GUCAUGUGAUUAUUGAAUUGAGAGUCAAAAAAUAGCUUCAGACAGUCCAACCUUGUACUCUCUGAAUGUUUUGAAGCAGGAUAAAAUACGACAUAUAUGUGACCAUUCGGACCUGUUGCACCAAACCUGCGAAGUUGUAAGAGGAGUAUGCAUCACAGUGCUCUUUGUUAAUAUCAACUCCACAAGUCAGCUUCUAACAAUGACCCUGCAGAUGGGGAUCCUGUGUCUGGCUCUGCUGGGCCUGAGCACAGCGUUAGUCUGUCCCGAUGGAGGCAUGUGUCAGGACAAAACCACCUGCUGCAAGAACAGCGUGGGAGAUUACGGAUGCUGUCCACUGCCACACGCUGAGUGUUGUUCGGACCACCUCCACUGCUGCUACGAGGGGACGUUUUGUGAUCUGGCCCACGAAAGAUGUGUUAACGAUACAGUUUCUCUGCCCUGGAUGAGUCGACUUCCCACCAAACAGGUCCCUCUCGUUUCUCAGCUCAGUGAGGAAGUGAAGGCAGUCAUUUGUCCAGACCAGGAGUCUGAAUGUCCGGAUGACACCACUUGCUGCCAGCUUCCUGACGGCUCUUGGGGCUGCUGUCCAUUAGCCAAGGCGGUGUGUUGUGAGGAUAAGCGGCACUGUUGCCCGGAGGGAACAACGUGUGAUCUUAUUCAUUCGAAGUGUGUGUCUGCCUCACAAGAGUCCUUCUCCUGGCUGGAGAAGCUGCCUGCCAGAAGGAGGGAGAAUAAUCCAGUUUCUCCUGUGGGUUCAGUGACGUGUCCUGGUGGAAGAAGCAGCUGCCCAGACAGUUACACCUGCUGCUUGCUAACCAGUGGAGACUACGGCUGCUGCCCCUACCCAAACGCCAUGUGCUGCAGCGAUCACCUCCACUGUUGCCCUAGCAACACAAUAUGUGACCUCGAGCAUGGAGUCUGCAAGUCUGGUGAGAUGCGAGUGCCGCUGUUGAAGAAGAUCCCGGCUAUCUCAAAUGACGUCGAGUGUCCAGACAAGAAAUCGGCGUGUCCUGAUCAGACCACAUGCUGCCAGAAUGAAAACGGCACAUACGGCUGCUGUCCUAUGCCCAGUGCUGUUUGUUGUUCAGAUCACAUCCACUGCUGCCCUGCAGGCACAGAGUGCGACUUGCCUCACAGCACCUGUGUGUCCGCUCAGGGAGAAACCUCCAUGGCCGUUAAGAUCCCUGCAGCUGUGACCGAGCAGCUGGCGGCUCAGAGCAAAGCGGGUGCCGUUCCCUGCAAUGACUCUGUGGCCUGCGCCGACGGAACCACCUGCUGUAAAUCAUCAGAGGGACAAUGGGCCUGCUGCCCCUUACCUAAGGCCGUAUGUUGUGAAGACCACCUGCACUGCUGUCCUCACGGCACCAUUUGUAACCUGGCAGCUUCUUCGUGCGACGAUCCUACGGGCAGCGCCGUGAUGCCCUGGCUCGGACACGUACCCGUCUUCCCCUUAUUGAGCGAUAACAGCAAGUGUGACAAAUCCACAUCCUGUCCAGGAAAAUCCACCUGCUGCAAGACCGCCAGUGGAGGCUGGGCCUGCUGUCCACUGCCUCAGGCUGUUUGCUGUGACGACCACAUUCACUGCUGCCCUCACGGUACCGUCUGCAACCUGGAGGCUGAAACUUGUGACGACAUGUCGGGCCUCUUACCGUCCGUCCCCUGGGCAUCAAAAGUCCCCGCUCUGACCUCGGAGCUGCAGGAUGAGAAAUGCGACAAGCAGACGAUGUGUCCGCGAGGCACCACCUGCUGUAAGAAGAUCUCUGGACAGUGGGCCUGCUGCCCCUUACCUCAGGCUGUGUGCUGUAACGAUCAUGAGCACUGCUGCCCCAAAGGCUACAAGUGUAACGUGGCUGAGCAGACUUGUGACAAGCUCGGUGAACGCAGCCUCCCCUGGCUCCAGAAGAUACCAGCCCUGCAGAAGGUUCCCAGACAGGCUGUUGGCAGUCCAGCUCGGCCAGCCAAGAACAUGUGCGACGCCCAAACCAGCUGCCCCGAGGACACGACCUGCUGCUUCAUGAAGGACACCCACAAAUGGGGCUGCUGCCCUCUACUGAAAGCAGUCUGCUGUGAUGAUGGAAACCACUGCUGCCCCAGCGGUCACACCUGUGAACCCCACCGGUCCUCCUGCUCAAAGGGCCCCCACGUUAUCCCCUGGUUCACCAAACUGAGCGCCAUGACCGAGCCGGGCGCCGUCACAGACGUUAAAUGUGACGACAAGAGCAGCUGCGCUUCAGGAACGACCUGCUGCAAACUGCAGUCAGGAGAGUGGGGAUGCUGCCCUCUCGUCAAAGCCGUGUGCUGUGCCGACCACGAGCACUGCUGCCCUCAGGGCUACACCUGCAACAUGGAGACAGGAACGUGCGAGAAGAAGGAGCACGACGUGCUCAUAAACACCCUCCCUCAGAGCGAAGUGGUACGUCCCAAGCAGAGAGACGGCAAGGCUGACGUACCAUGUGACAGCACGGGGAAGUUUCACUGCCCCGAGCAAGAAACGUGCUGUAAGAUCUCAGCCGCAGAGUGGGCCUGCUGCCCCACACCCAGGGCUGUCUGCUGCUCGGACUCCAAACACUGCUGUCCCGCCGGAUACUCAUGUGACCUGCAGGCUGGAGGUUGCACCAGACAAACCCAGCUGACCUGGGACAUUUUCUUUGGGGACAGAAAGACAGACUUUGUCCCCCGUGGUGGACUUUAAUCCCGCUAAUGUGCAACUGUCUUCGUCAAUUUUAAAUACAUAACAUCUAUCUCCAGCUCAUGUCAUCUGUGGGCAGUGAGGGCUUUUCCCACUUCCUGUUUGUUUGUUUUUUUUCAUUCAUGGAAGUGUUUUUGUGUGUAGUUGUGGAGAAGACUUUUGGUUUUUGGUGCAAGACAUGAAAAAAUCCCCUGAAUGCUGCAAGGCUACAUGAGGUAAUUAAGAUGUUUUAAUGAAGUAGGAAUGUUAUCAGCUGACAAUACACUGAAAUGUAUCUUGAAGUGAGAAACAGUUUGCAGGAGUAUUUUCAUGUUUUGCACCUGUCAAAAAAAAAAAAAAGCAUCACCUUCACUGAAAUCAUAUUCUGUAUAUACAGAUAACAACUAUGGGAAGUAUAGUAAGGACGCGCUGCCACAGAGUUGGGUCAGAUGAAAGAUGAGGCUUUUUCUUAUCAUCAACAAAUCUCAUUUAAAAGACCAAAACCAACCACGUGUCGGUCCGUCUAUCAAAACUUCCUACUCCGUCUGUGGAGUAUAAGCACACUGUCCGCUAUAAGCACACCGUCAGCUAUAAGCACACUGCUCCCACUGAAGACGUCAGUCAUCCUAACACUGCUGGGAAAUGUAGUUUUUAUGAAACGUUACUGAAAUAGAAGUCUCUAGUGCAUUUGUCUGGGACAAUUUUCAGCCACAGAUUUUUAGUAAUCUUAGUAAAUCCUAUAAAUGCUUUAAAAAAAAAAAAAAAAGCUAAAUUGAAAACUUGCAUUGAUGCAAAAUUUUGUGCCCCUGAUAGUAAUUUCAACAGGCUUAAUAAAUAUCCCCCCCAAAGCUAACUUAAAGACAUCAAAAUUAAAUAAUCAUUCCCAUUUCGUGAUCAUCUGUGCACCAGAAUAUUUGAGGGUUUUGUCGAGCCUUCCCAUAAAAUUUGGACCCAACUCAGGCCUGGAGUCGGUCUCUGAUACUUGGAACCACGAGGACCCGAGAAGACAUCCACUCCAGCAGCAGCAGGACGGUGUAUGUGGAGUUCAAUGAAAAUAAACUUCAACUGUGUGUGUGUUCAUGAUAAUAAAGGGGUUAAUUGAUGUGUCUUUAACAGUUUUUGGACAAAAAAAUGCAGCUCUAUUGCACAGAAGAAUAAGAUACAUCGAGCUUCUGAUACACAGAAAACACCAGUAGAAUCACUGUGUGCUUUGGUAUUUCUGUGGGAUUUGUUGAUUAUAAGAAACAUGCACAAAAUCACCAGACGUAUCCUUUAAUUAGCUUCAGGAAGUUAAAGCUGUCUGUGUCCUUCGAAUGUCAACCAGCUUUACUGUUUUUUGAUCAUUAUUAUUGGAAGUGAGUAAUUGCCCCAGAGCUGUUCCAUUAAAGAGAAACAUGAAUGUACUUGAUGCCUUAUUGUGGGCAAAAUUAAACCGGAGAUUCAUUUAAGAUUAACACGUCAUGUUUGGUCCAACAGUAGUCGUUUGUAUUGUCAUGUCCCCUCUUGUUGAGGAAGCAGCAUUUUGUUUUUUUUAUUUGCUUGAAGAGCACAAGUUGAUGACUGUUAAUCUGCUGGUCCGAAGGCAGUUUAACUAAGUCACACAGCUGAUUUUUUUGUGUAUGUUGAUUUUAUUUCAUCUUUAUUUUUUCUGUGAUUUAACAAGGGGUUAAGAAACUUUUAAAAAAGUGAAGAUUAAUUUAAUGUGAAGCAGAUAGAAAGAUAGAAAUAGUGUCUUUACGUUUGGUUAAAGCAAAAGACUGCAAAUGACACGAUCAUACAAACAGCUCGUGCCUUCUAAAAUUUCACUAAGAGGUGCCGGUUGGUCAGUAUCAAAUGUCUGAUUUCUGCUUGAGGAAAAGUCUUGUCAAUCAUUGGAAAGGAAAAAAAUAUGCUUUCACUUUGUGUCUUGGACAGCUGUGUCUGGAUUUUCUCUAAACGCGGCCAAGAAGUAAGAGCCAAAGCACAUCGUAAUGUCAUGAGGAAACAAAUUCUGGUCUCGCUCCAUUACCAGAGAACAAAAAAACUCUUGAGACGAUACCAUGUGUGUGUGUGUGCUAAGAUUUUUAACUGAGAUUAGCUUGUUUUGUCUAAAGGAGAAAAAAAAAUGUUUGUGUUUGAACGGCAAUCACAGUCAACUUUCCAGUUAUUUUCAGUGCAGCAGCUCUAGAUCCGUAUCAUCAUCAAGUCUUCUGUCUUUUUGGGAGCUUCCCAACAUUGAAGGUCAUAGGAACACUACUAUUGAAUUGUGUAUUUCAUGAGUUUUUUUGUUUUUUGAAGGCCUCAAAACCAUUUACAGAUCAUGAGGAAAUUGUAAUUUUAUUAGAUUUACUUUUUACAAUUUUAAAAUUGGACACAUGCUGAAAUAAAAUGUGAAACAUGUCGUUGA